AUGGAAAAGUACUUCGUCGGAUUCACGGUGAAGAGUUUAUCAAGAAAUGAUAACAACGAAGCAGAUGAGCUAGCGAAAGCAGCUUCGCAAAACAUGCCCAUGCCUCCAGAUGUCUUAUAUCAGAAACUAAGUAAAUCGGCCUGCGAUGACAAUUCCAGCCAGAUACAAAUAGUCGCAUCGGUUGAAAACGAGGACUGGCGUUUCCCGAUAAUGGCAUAUCUGCGGGGUCAAAGCAGUAUCGAAGAUCACGUUGAAGAAAAGCGCAUGGCUCAAAGAAACAUCGUGUGCCGCUUCAGGGUUCCAAGCGAAGUGACUGUGGACAACGGUACUCAGUUCGAUAGCGCUGGAUUUAAAGAAUUCUGUAAUAGCCUGGGCAUAAAGUUAAUGUUUGCAUCAGUCUACCACCCGCAAUCCAAUGGCGCAGUUGAGAGAGCAAAUGGUAUCAUCUUCGCAGGAGUCGCGAAGCGUCUUCAAGGAUUGCCGAAAGGAAAGUGGGUUGAAGAACUACCCAAGGUGUUAUGGUCAUUAAGAACAACGGUCGCAAGACCAACAGGCUACACGCCGUUCCGCCUACUAUUUGGCAAAGAAGCCAUGACCCCCGAAGAAUUGAAAGCUAAAUCAUUCAGGGUCGGGAAUAACGCAGAGCAAUGUGAUGAACUUUCGUCAAAAGAUGCCCUCGAAGAAGUAAGGUUGCAAGCCGCCAAAAACCUGGCUACUUACCAAGAAGAGACAAGAAAAUGGAGAGACAAGAACGUAUCUGAAAAUGCCUUCGCACCAGGAGAUUUGACAACCUUCGCAAGUUCUAUGCUUGAAAAUCGGCAGCAUAAGUUCGAGACUCCAAUGUAA